CACACGUUUUGUUUUUUGCGCUAUUCCUGUUACUUUUUUUCGACGUACACACGCGUUUUGUUAUUUUGCGCGAUUAAUUAAUGGCAAAAAAUAAAAAAAAUAAAUAAAUAACGAGACGAAAUAACGAAAACACCAGCGGCCGAGCUAGUGUGCGUGCGAGAGUGUGUGUGAGUGCUGUGUCUGUGUGGGCGUUUAUAAAUAAAACGCUGCGAAGCUGUGUGCGAAAAGCAGACGCGGAUAAAGAAGUAAAAGAAUGAGCGCAACCAAAAACAAGAGCGAAGGAAAGAAAGAAAGUGUUUUUUAUUGAAAUUCGUUGAAAAGUUUUAAAUUUACUAAAACAGAGAGGCGAAAGUGCAACAGAGCGAAAGAGAGAGCGAUAAAUAGCGAGCUAUCCUAUACGAAACCGAUCUGAAUCAGUAUCUGAAUCCGAAUCCGAUUUAUCAACCUGUUAAGCGAAGUGGAGCCACAAACCGAGUGCUUAAAUGGAUGCAACAUCAAUAAUAACGCAAGUUUCCCGCGACGACGAGCAACUGAACGUCUAUCCCAGCUAUCCCAAUGACAAAGACGCUUGGCUUGGCUUUUCUGGAUCUGUUUGGUUGCCGGAUUGUCCUGCAGAUCAUGCCCAAUUGACGCACGAUGUGGAUCGUUUAAAGCCACAGAAGCGAGGAUUAUUCCAUUCUCUGCUUUGCUGCUGGCGACGAAACCGAACGAAAACCAACCAGAAUGGCACACAAAUCGAUGGAUCGACAACACCGCCACCAUUACCGGACCAACAAAGGUACCUACUACCUCAGGUUAGGCUUACCGAUAUGCACAGAAAGUGCAUGGUGAUCGAUUUGGAUGAGACCCUAGUGCACAGUAGUUUUAAGCCCAUACCGAAUGCUGAUUUCAUAGUGCCCGUGGAGAUCGAUGGAACCGUACAUCAGGUGUACGUCCUGAAGCGACCGCACGUGGACGAGUUUCUGCAGAAGAUGGGCGAACUAUACGAGUGCGUUCUGUUCACAGCAUCACUAGCCAAAUACGCAGAUCCCGUCGCCGAUCUGUUAGACAAGUGGAAUGUGUUUCGUGCAAGACUGUUUAGGGAAUCAUGCGUUUAUUACAGGGGUAAUUACAUUAAGGAUCUGAAUCGUCUGGGGCGGGACCUUCAGAAGAUUGUCAUUGUCGACAAUUCACCGGCCAGUUAUAUCUUUCAUCCAGACAAUGCAGUUCCUGUUAAAUCCUGGUUUGACGAUGUCACCGACUGCGAACUGCGCGAACUGAUCCCGCUCUUUGAGAAGCUUAGCAAAGUUGAUUCCGUCUACUCGGUGCUCUGCAAUUCGAACCAGCCGCUGAACAAUCAGACAAACCAGCAGCAGCAUCCCCAGGAACUGCAGCAGGCGCCGAACCAGCUGCAUCAGCAGCUCCAACAGCAGCAACAACAACAGACCAUCUCUGCCACGACAGUUAUUACCCAGGCAACCACAUUGUCUGCUCCGACCAUGUUGAACCAGCAGCAGACAAGUCCGCCCAGCCCACAAAGCGAGUUGCUGCAAAAGACGUAACAUCAGUGGGAACUAAUGUUUAUAAAUAUAUGAUAAAUUGUUUACAUAUUACAAGACCAAGCAAGCCGAUAAGCAAGCAAACAAAGCAUCCCUAUCCCAAGCAGUUCACUCAGUACCCCAGGACGAAUGGUAAUGGGUCGACGAGAUGAAAUCAACUACCAAUUGCUAUCAACUAUAAUCCCCAGAUCGACACCUAGGCCUAAGCAUAAGUUUUAUAUGAUAUACAUAAUUUUUACAGAACCCAAUUUACACGGCACAUUUGUUAUUUAUUCUUGUUUUGCUCUAAACCAAUUAUAAUAAUUAUUAUUUUUUUGUGUUUUUUCUAAACAACUGCUUAUUGCUUACUGCGUUUUGCGGUACCCCAACUAGGGGGUAUAUUAAAUCCAAGCAUAAGCCUCUAUUUUUACCCAAUAAUCAUAACUCUGUAGACGUAUUUAAUGGUAAACCAAUUGAGCAAGCAAAAGAUUUAAAUGCAUAAAACAAAAAUGAUAACUAUACAUAUGAACAGAGAGAUAAAAUCAAAUUCAAAAUAGCUAUAUUUAUAUAUAUUUUUUAUUAAAAAAACAAGAAAACAAAAAGAAAUAUGAGUAAAUGUGGAGAAGAAAAAAUGAAAAGAAAAGAGAAAACUAAAAACAAUAUAUAUAAUACGUGUACUAAAACAAAUUUAUAUAUACAUACAUACAUGGAUAUAUAUAUAUAUAUAUUUAAGGCAUGUGUCUACACAUGUUUCUAGCACUUAGGCAUGUAUAAUAUUUCGUAUAUUUAUUAAAGAAUUAAGUUUAAGCGCGGUCUCCCACUCACGCUUGAUCGCUGGCACUGGCAAAUGUCAUAGUUGGUAUAUCGGGUUUGUCGCAUAAAUGGCUUCAUCGUAUCACAUUCUGGUUUCCUGAAAUGUCUCUCAGUCGUGAGUGGGAUUGGGCCGCGCUUAAAGCAGCCAAGUUGCAUUGCAAGAGGGUGAAAAUGGGCUAUCUGUAAGCCACUUUGUAAAGCAUCUAAAAGUCUGCGGCGCGUCCGUAGUUAUAAUAUAUAAAGAUUCGCUUAUUCUGCGCUUAUCGAUGGUCCAAAGUCGGCAGGUUCCAUUCGACCCUAUUCUGUACACACAUUCAGUCCAAUCUGGUAUUACGAUUAGCCCACUGUCCUAGCGCAAAUUCUAAUUGCCGGUCUUUGGAAACUCGGCCAGGCGCAGUCGUAAAACAUUGUAUUAGGCUUAAUGAAAAAUUAUACAUCUAAAUAUUUUAACCGAUUUACGUUAAUUUCCCCCUAUUAUCAAGUGCGCUUAUGAAACGCAUUGCAAUAUAUAUAUAUAUAUAUAUUUACGUCUAAUUUAACCCUUCUUCGACAUGAACUUCACCUUCGGCCGCGUUCUGUAUUCUGUGUUGUGCAUGUGAAAAUGGGAAACGAAUGUAAACGAUGAAACACCUAUAGCUUCUUUCAACUCCGACCAAAUAUCAAUCAUUAUAUAGUAUAUAUAUAUACUGAGCUCAAGCUGGCCACGCCGAAAUCCCACCUGAUAAAUAUAUUAUAUAGACAAAAGACGCUAUUGCUAUCCGAAACACAUACACGAUUCGCUCACAGACCAGUCCAGACAGAACUCUUUUUAUCUUUUUCUCUAUGUGUAAUCAAUGUCUUGUAUUUCUCAACUAACUUUUGCAACCAUUCUUUUAUUUAGUGCAUAAGCCAUUGUGUUUCUAAUUUGCUUAGACUAAAAAUAAUAAUAUUGAAAGGAUACAAAAAUUGGCACGUUGCAAACGCGCGCGAUAUUCUCAUAUUUUUUGCAAUCAAGCAAGUAAAUUAUACAUAAUGCUAAAAUAAUAUAUGUAUUGUAUAUCAUUUACACCCGCUGCAAAAGUCUAAGGCAAAUGCUAAAAAUUAAUUGCAACUAAUCACGAAAUUUAAAUAGCAGUAAAUCGCAAGAACUCGUUUAAAUUUCCUACUUUUAAAUGUUUUACUUUUUGUAAAAGCAAAACGAAAACCAAUCGAUAAACCAUUCACUUAAUUUAUCAUAAAAGGGAAGAAAUUCUAUUUUUUAAAGUGAGCCUAUUAAUGUAAUGCAUCAAUGUCG